AUGCAAGUUUCUUGUUCCGCUCACGGCUGUACAAAUCGAAGGCAACGUGAAAGCAAUAUUCAUUUUUUUUCUUUUAUUUUAAAAAAUGCCGAGAGAAACCAAUUAUGGAUAAAUGCUGCUGUGCGUAAAGGAUUUAUUCCAACAAAAAAUAGUGCAAUUUGCAGCGCAUAUCUUAUAGCAUCUGAUUCAAAAUCAAUCUAG